ACUUAUUAAAUAGAUCACACUGUUUCCGACAUUCUAACUUUCAAUUUUUCUCAUUUCAAUGCCCGGAGUUGUCGUUAAAGGUGCUGCAGUUAGUGAGAAAACCUACGUUGAUUCAGUGACUUCUAUUUUUUCUGACUUAUUUCCACAGGGCAACCGUAAUUCAAAAGCGAGUAACCGACUGAAUAAUCAACAAUCUUCAGAUUUACACGAGACUGUCCUAUGGGCACAUGUAGUUCUCAAUGAUGCCGAGGAUGUACUGUUCUCAAUAGUCAUCGGGUAUUCUACUGGUAUUCAAAUUUGGAAAGUGUCCGAACACGGGGAUGCAACUGAGCAAUUAUCGAUCAGAUGUGGGGCAUCAUCCGUGUUCAGAAAGAUUCCCCCGCCUUCAGAAAUUACGGCAAAAUACGAUAAGUUUGCUUCAAAAAGGCCGAUAGCCGCAUAUACCGCUUCACAAAAUGGAGUGAAGCAGUCCUUCAAAACCCUUAUCUACAUAUCCUUCCUCUCAGGCGAACACAUACAUUCCUUGAGCUUCACCAGCUCAAUACAAGAUGUGGUAGCAACAAACGAAGUAAUUGUUGCGACGUUUUACGAUCGGUUAGCAGUGUUUGACAACGCAACUCUUCAACAUAAAUUUUCUGUUACUUCCUGCUUUCCUUCAAUAUCGAACUGCGUCAGUUUGACCUCUACGUGGCUAGCUUACUGUGACCGAUUUUUGGUGCCUAGAUUACAAUCGGGUGGAGGCGUGAGUAAUGAUGGGAGAGAGUCGUACGCAGCUACCAUCGUCAAAAGUGCCUCAUAUGGUUUAAAUGCCGGUCUGAACCUCUUAUCCCAGUACACAUCUGGAGCUAAGCCAACUGCCAACAACACCAAUGGCUCCAACCACCUCAACGGAACAUCCAGUCAUGGAAGUCCAUCCGACAACUCAGAGUACUCAUCGCCUCUUUCCAGUGCCAGUUCUAGCCCACUAUUAUCUCACUCUUCUUCGUUCUCUCUGUCCGGUCAGAGGUCAAGUUCGGGACUGAAGAAUAUCAACACAAAUGGAGGAGAGGUUUCAACGCCACGUAACGGCGGAGUCUCUUGUGGAGGUGUCGCAUGUAUCCCUGGAGUCGUGACAGUAGUCGAUUUGAGUCGAGUGCCGAAACCCUCUAAGAAGUGCAAACAUGUUGUGGUUGGAACCAACAAUGAGUUUGGACCCUCUGGGAUGGAAGAAGUAUUGGCCCAUUUCCCGGCGUAUACAGGAGAAUCGAUAGUAGCAAUGGAGAUUUCGAAUCGUGGGGUCAUCGCGACGGCGGGUGAGUCGGGACGGUUGUUCAACGUGUUCAGAAUGCACCCCCACCCCUGGACCUCGUCGCAAUGUGCAGUGCAUCAUUUGUAUGCAUUGAGAAGGGGAGAAACUGUAGCAAAGAUCAGCCACAUUUCCCUCUCCUCUGAUUUGCGGUGGGUGAGUGGAUGCAGUAGUAAGGGUACAGUGCACCUGUUCCCCAUCAACUGCUAUGGGGGACAACCCUCUCCCCGGACACACUGCGACACCAAAGUGGCCAACAAGGAGGACAAGUUCUAUUGCAGUGCUGGACUAGACGAUGUGAGGCCGGCCAUGAUUAGUGUGGCCCAACAGACUAUGGCCCAUUUGUCAUCCAGUCCAA